CUUGACAAACUCGGUCUCUCUUUUAUCUUCUUCCAGGCGCAUCCGCCUAAUACCAGAAUCAUGCGAAAUUUCAUUCCUUUCAUAUUGUCUUCAUUGUCAUGCGCCCUGGGAGCCUCCCUCCCAAACACUUCCCACCCUGAGGCAUGUAUCAACAGCCCUACUAACCGCGCAUGCUGGCGCGACGGAUACAACCUGUCGACCAACUACUACGAGGAGGUCCCCGAUACCGGCGUAGUGCGCGAGUACUGGUUCAACGUUGAAAACACCACAGCAGCUCCAGACGGGGUUGAGCUUCCUGUGCAGCUGAUCAAUGGCUCUUUCCCAGGACCCACCAUCAUCGCAGACUGGGGAGAUACAGUUGUGGUACAUGUCACCAACUCUCUGCAGACAAACGGAACUGGUAUACACUUCCACGGGAUUCGUCAGAAUUGGACGGACCAGAUGGACGGCGUUCCCAGCAUCACCCAAUGUCCCAUCGCUCCCGGACAAUCGUAUACCUACAAAUGGCGCGCGGUGGAGUAUGGCUCUGGCUGGUAUCACUCGCACUUCUACGUCCAGGCAUGGGACGGUGUUUUUGGGGGUAUCGUGAUCAAUGGCCCUGCUACGGCCAACUACGAUGUGGAUCUUGGACAUCUGUUCCUGAAUGAUUGGUAUCAUAAAACUGCCGAUGAACUCGUCCUGCAAGCGUCUACCAAUGGACCACCUACACCUCCUAACGGUCUAAUCAACGGAACCAACACCUACGGCAGCUUAGGGUCUCGUUUCGAGACAACAUUUGCUGCGGGAACCAAAUACCGUAUUCGCUUGGUAAAUGCUGCAGCGGACAAUCACUUUCGCUUCAUGAUCGACAACCAUACCAUGGAGGUGAUUGCGGCGGAUUUCGUCCCAAUUCAUCCCUACAACACGACCCAGCUAAGCAUCGGCAUGGGCCAGCGCUACGACAUCAUCGUGACAGCCAAGGAGCUGACCAGCGGCAAUGUCUGGCUACGAGCGAUUCCUCAAGAAGCUUGCUCCGAGACGGACGCUUUAGACAACAUCAAGGGCAUCAUCCGCUACGACAACUCAUCCACGGCCGACCCCACCACCAUGGCAUACAGCUACACAGAUUCCUGUGCAGAUGAGGCAGCGUCCAAUCUCGUGCCCUACCUGGCCAUCAACGCCUCGGACAGCUACACAUACAGCACCGACGAGGAGGUCGCCGUCCAAGUCACCGACAACGCCCUACUAUGGACGAUGAACAAAACCUCCUUCCACACAGAAUGGGACUACCCAACCCUAAUGCAAGUAGCAGACAACAACCAAACCUGGAGUGCCAAGGAGCGGGUCAUCCACCUCCCCUACCAAGACAAGUGGGUAUACAUUGCCGUUCAUUCCCCGUUUGCGCAGGACCAUCCGAUGCACCUGCACGGACACGAUUUCUGGAUCUUAGCCUCGGGGUAUGGCAACUUCGACUCAUCCCAGACAGACGGCUUGACGCUGGUGAACGCCCCUCGGCGCGAUGUGGCCAUGAUGCCUGCUAGUGGGUACUUGGUGAUUGCGCUCAAGACCAAUAACCCCGGUGCGUGGCUCAUGCAUUGCCAUAUUGCUUGGCAUACUUCUGAGGGCUUUGCGGUGCAGCUGUUGGAGCGGGCCUCGGAGAUCGAGUAUGAUUAUGACACGCUGAACAAUACCUGUGCGAGUUGGAAGAGCUAUGUGGCGGCGAGGGAUGUGACUCAGCAUGACUCGGGGGUAUAA